CUCUCUCUCUCUCUCUCUCUCUCUCUCUCUCUCUCUCUCUCCACAUGUUAGUCACCGCUGUCCUCCAGUCUAGAACCCCAUCUUCUCUCUCAAAAUUAAGAAAAAGAAAAAAGAAGAAAACAAAACACAUCAUAAGUGUCAGACUUUCAUUUCAAUUUUCAUCAGCCUUUCCCAACUUUUAGGUAUUUUGUUCACACCCAUCAGUACUGUUUCAUGUUUCGUGGUGGUAUGGCUUUUCUCUCACCUAAUGAUCAGUUCAUCUUUCCACCCCAUGAUGAAGAAGAGAUCCGCCCUCCUCAUGACUCCAUCCUUCCUUCAUGCCCAGCUCCUCAACACUUCCCAGGUUUUCCAGCCAACCUAAUGAGGAGAUCCAUGUCGUUUUCCGGGGUCGGAUCGACCCGGUGCGAAGAAGCAAUGCAAGUGGAAGACGAUAUAAUUUCGGACGACAUGGGAUCGGAACAAAUAGCAGGAGAGAGGAAGAAGAUUAGGCUGAGCAUGGAGCAGGUGAAGGCCCUGGAGAAGAGCUUCGAGGUGGUGGGAAACAAGCUCGAGCCGGAGAGGAAAGUGCAGCUGGCCAGGGCUCUCGGGCUGCAGCCGAGGCAGGUAGCCAUCUGGUUCCAGAACAGGAGGGCUAGGUGGAAGACCAAGCAACUGGAGAGAGACUAUGACUUGUUGAAGAGGAAGUUUGAGGCUCUCAAGUCUGACAAUGAUGCCCUUUUGGCCCAUAACAACAAACUUCAUGCUGAGUUAUUGGCCCUAAAAGGGAUGGAAUCAAGUGGAAAUGGACCCAUUGACCUGAAAAAAGAAACAGAGGGUUCAUGGAGCAUUGGAAGUGAUAAACACAAGAUAUUCCAUUCAUCGAAUGGGACCCACCUCCCGCAAAACUCAUCACGAUCAUCAUCAGAAAACAUCCAGUUCCAGAAAUUCGAUCAGACGGUCACCGAUGAAAGCUUGUGCAACAUGUUCAUGGGCGGCAUCGCAGGGGAUCAGUCCGGAUUUUGGCCAUGGCCAGAGCAGCAACAUCUCCAUUGAUUGAAUUUGAACCACAAUCCUAAUUUUCAAAAUUUCACAUAUUCCCACUGUGCAGUUUGUUUUUGGGCUCUUUCCAUCUUCGAAAUUCGUUCCGCGAUCCUUAAUAGCAAAUCUAUCCGUCCGACUAUGUCUUGGGAUUUGUGUUUUGUGUUUUUUUUAGAUUUUCUUCGAAACAUUGCGCAGCAGUUAAGAGUGAUCGAUUGACCUGAAAGACGAGGACAGGGAAUUUUAAGGAAGAAAAAAUCCUUGUUCUCGAUCGGUUUGGCAACUAGACGGUGCAUAAAAAAUACCACCUCCGUUCUCAGUGGCAUGUUGGUCUGUUUUGAAUUUUGAUAUUUUUUUUAUACUACGUUUUGUAUAUUUGGACUUUCCCUUUAUUAUCUUGAGAAUGAAAGGAAACACCAGUGUUACACUU